AUGCUAAUGAAGCCAGUUGUACGUGUUGCUGCCGUGUGCAACUUCCUCGUGAGCGUGGUACAGCGGCUGGUGGGGUUGCCAGAAGGAGAUCGAGUACAGACGCAAGCCCGACCCCAUUCACCACUACGCCCUUGCUGUUGCGUCUCUCCUGGUGAUCCUGACGGCAGCUCUCGUGGCCACGGCGCUUCCGGCGAGGUUAUGGCAGCUGUGGAUCGCCGUGGCCCUUGUGUGCCGGGGUCGUGCUCCUGGUGGCCCAGUGGUCGUGGUCCUGUGGCCGUAAGACUGUCAUCCGCAAGUGGUGGGCAAGGAUCGUCACUUCUGCCUGCGUGGUGAUUGCGGGACCCACUUCGC